GUCUCUUUCAGCCAUCUUGGACCCUGUGAAGGUGUGUGGAGUUCCUGCAGCUGAGCUUUGGGGUCAAAUAAGUGGGGCCUGCUGGGAACGGGACUUCUAAAACGACAAAUAUGUCUGGAAGGCUGUGGUCCAAGGCCAUUUUUGCUGGCUAUAAACGGGGUCUACGGAACCAAAGGGAACACACUGCUCUCCUGAAGAUUGAAGGUGUAUAUGCUCGAGAUGAAACUGAAUUCUAUCUAGGCAAGAGAUGUGCUUAUGUGUACAAAGCAAAGAACAACACAGUAACUCCUGGUGGAAAACCUAACAAAACCAGAGUAAUCUGGGGAAAGAUAACUCGAGCUCAUGGAAACAGUGGCAUGGUUCGUGCCAAAUUCCGAAGUAACCUUCCUGCUAAGGCCAUUGGACACAGAAUCCGUGUGAUGCUGUACCCUUCGAGGAUUUAAACUUCUUGAAAAUAAAUAAAAGUGUGGAUUUGUCCUGUUGUGCUUUUGUUAAAUGGCUUACGAAA